CCAUUUUUGUCUGUCAGGGGCUAAAACAGCGGGUAUGUCAACAUGGCAUCGGUGCGCGUGGCUGUGCGCGUGCGGCCCUUUAACCAACGUGAGAAGGAGCUGUCUGCCCAGGGCAUCAUUUACAUGGAGGGAAACAAGACGACCAUUACCAACCUAAAACUCACAGACGGUCUGACGGGCGACUCGAUCCGAGAAAAAACCAAAACGUUCACGUACGACUUCUCUUACGAUUCGGGCGACCGCACAAGCAGCAGAUUUGUCUCGCAGGAGAAGGUAUUCAAGGAUCUGGGUUCGGAUGUACUCAAGGCCGCAUUCGAGGGCUAUAACGCCUGCAUCUUCGCUUACGGGCAGACAGGAUCAGGAAAGUCCUACACCAUGAUGGGGAACCCGGGGGAUGUUGGUUUGAUUCCCAGGAUUUGCGAAGGCCUGUUCGCCCGGAUAUCCGGGAUGACCCGGCGAGAUGAAGCUUCCUUUCGCACCGAGGUCAGUUACCUGGAGAUCUAUAACGAGCGCGUGCGGGACCUGCUGAGGAGGAAGCUGGCCAAGACGUACAACCUGCGGGUACGAGAGCACCCCAAGGACGGCCCCUACGUCGAGGACCUGUCGAAGCACCUGGUUCAGAACUACGCCGACGUGGAGGAGCUGAUGGAGGCGGGAAACAUCAACCGCACCACGGCCAGCACCGGCAUGAACGACGCCAGCAGCCGCUCACACGCCAUCUUCACCAUCAACUUCACACAGGCGAAGUUUGAUAUGGAGAUGCCCUGUGAGACGGUCAGUAAGAUCCACCUGGUGGAUUUGGCGGGCAGCGAACGCGCCGACGCCACAGGAGCCACCGGGGUCCGUCUCAAAGAGGGCGGCAACAUCAACAAGAGCCUGGUUACCCUCGGCAACGUCAUAUCCGCCCUGGCGGAUAUGUCUCAGGAUUGUGGUGCUCACCUGAAGAAGAAGCAGGUCUUCGUCCCCUACAGAGACUCGGUUCUCACGUGGCUUCUUAAGGACAGUCUGGGAGGAAACUCCAAAACCAUCAUGAUCGCGACCGUCUCCCCGGCGGACGUCAACUACGGCGAGACGCUCAGCACCCUGCGCUACGCCAACCGCGCCAAGAACAUCAUCAACAAGCCCACCAUCAACGAGGACGCCAACGUGCGCCUGAUCCGCGAGCUGAGGGCCGAGAUCGCCCGCCUCAAAGCCCUGCUGGCACAGGGGAACCAGAUCGCGCUGCUGGAUUCGCCCACGGCUCUGAGCAUGGAGGAGAAGCUGCACCAGAACGAGGCCAGGGUGCUGGAACUGACCAAGGAGUGGGCGAACAAAUGGAACGAAACCCAGAACAUCCUGAAGGAGGAGACUCUGGCUCUGAGGAAGGAGGGCAUCGGCGUGAUCCUGGACUCCGAGCUCCCUCAUCUCAUCGGCAUCGACGACGACCUGCUCAGCACGGGCAUCAUCCUCUACCACCUGAAGGAGGGGAGGACGUGCGUGGGCCGAGACGACGCCUCCCUCGAGCAGGACAUAGUGCUGCACGGUUUGGGGUUGGAGAGCGAGCACUGUCUGUUCGAGAGUCAGAACGGCACCGUGACCCUGAUCCCGCUGAACGAGUCCCAGUGCUCCGUCAACGGGGUCCAGGUCACCGAACCCUGCCAGCUCAACCAAGGUGCCGUGAUCCUGCUGGGCAGGACCAACAUGUUCAGAUUCAACCACCCCAAAGAGGCCGCCAAGCUGAGGGAGAAGAGGAAGAGCGGCCUGUUGAGCACGCUGAGCCUGUCCAUGACCGACCUGUCCAAGUCCUGUGAAAAUCUCUCCACUGUGAUGCUCUACAAUCCGGGGCUGGAGUUCGAGCGGCAGCAGCGGGAGGAGCUGGAGAAGCUGGAACACAAAAGGCGUCUCAUCAAGGAGAUGGAGGAGAAGCAGAAGAGCGAGAAGGCUGAGCUGGAGCGCAUGCAGCAGGAGGUGGAGUCUCAGAGGAAGGAGUCCGAGCAGGUGCAGCUGCUCAUCCGCAAGCAGGAGGAGGGUCUGAGGAGGCGCAGCCAGGACAUCGAGGGCCGCAUGAGGGACCUCCUCGCCGAGAAGGAGCGCUUUAAGGAGGAGCGUCACAGGGAGGAGCAGGAGCAAAAGCAGAAGAAACGACCGCAGCGGCACCACCUACAGGAGCAUCUGGAGGAGGAGAUGGAGGAGUCUGAGGAGGUGAAGGGAGAGGAGGAGCGAGAGAAGGACGAGGAGCAGGCCAGGAGAGACAGAGAGGAGCAGACCGAACUCUUCAGGGAGCUGGAGCGACUGAAACGGGAGCGAGACGAGCAGGCGGUUAAAAUCCAGCUGGAGAGGAGACGUCUGGAGGAGAGAGAGCGGGAGCAGCUCACCCUGGUGGGCCGUCUGGAGGAGCAGCUACGGGAACGCAGCGAGGACGCCGCCUCCCUGCUCAGUCGGGACGAGGCGCGGCGCCUGGAGGAGGAGCAGCGGACCCUGGCCGACAUCCGAGAGGGUCUGCUGCGGGCGAAGGAGGCGCGGGCGGACGGCGAGGACGCGGGGGAGGAGGCGCUGAGAAGCGCCCGGGAGCGCUACGCCGGUUUCAAACUGGAGCAGGUGCAGGAGCUGGGCGUCCUGAGCGAGGGGCUGGAGCAGCAGGGGGAGCGCCUGGAGAAGGAGGUGGUGAACGAGCGCGCCGCCCUGGGAGUCCUGCAGCUCGCCCACAAGGAGAAACAGAGACUGGUGCGUGAGAUGGUGGACUGGGGGGCUCAGGAUUCCUCCUCCCUCCUGCAGGAGGAGGCGCAGCUCUCUCAGGCCGAGCACAGGCUGCAGUGUAAGGAGCGCCAGCUGCUCUCCCUGCAGCAGAACCACCUCCCCGCCGUGUCGGACGAACUGCACCGGGCCCGGGAGGCUCUGGACCGGGUCCAGGCGCGAGGAGGCGACGGGAGGAGCGUCGGGGACGAGCCCGGCCCCGAGCAGGUGGAGAAAGAGCUGGACGAGAUGCUCUAUCAGAUCGAGAAGGAGCUGGAGGAGAAGCAGGAGCGUCUGUCCCAGCACAGCGCCAGCGCCGAGCAGCUGGUCCAGCUCCAGCAGACCUACGAGUUCACGGCCAACGUGGCGCGGCAGGAGGAGAAGGUCCGGCGGAAGGAGCAGGAGAUCCUGGAGACCAGGGAGAAGCAGCAGAGGGAGGCGCUGGAGCAGGCCGUGGCUCGACUGGAGAGGAGACACUCGGCCCUGCGGAGGAGCCUCGGUCUGGAACCCGAGGCCGAGGAUCCCCGCAGGAGGAGUACGGCGUCGCUGACGGGACAGGAGCUGGACCAGGAGAGGAUUAAGAGGGAAAUCGCUCAGUUGAAACGGAGGCUCAGCGAGAGAGAAAACGGUGGGCGGAGCCUCUCUGUGGGCAGCGAGGAGAAGAACGGCGUGGGUACCUGUCCAGUCAGUCCCAUCCAGAGUCUCGGCACCGUGAUGCCUCUGACGGACGACAGGAUAAACGCCUACAUCGAGGAGGAGGUGCAGAGGAGGCUGCGGCAGCUGAAGCUACUGAACAGCGACAACAACAACAGUCUCACGCUCUCCUCAGAGUCUCUGCAGAACAGCCGCCUGCAUCACGUGGAUCCUCGCCGACUGAAGUAUGAGCGCUUGGUGUCGGUCACUACAAGUCCGAGUCCGGACACUUUAAAGGAUCCGGUGAGGAUCAGCAUCCCGCGAUACGUCCUCCGAGGGCAGGGCAAGGACGAGCACUACGAGUUCGAGGUCAAGAUCACGGUCCGGGACGAGACGUGGAGCGUGUUCCGGCGCUACAGGCGCUUCAGGGAGAUGCACAGAUCCCUCAGGUUAAAAUACCCGCAGCUCGCGGCGCUGGAGUUCCCGCCCAAGAAGCUUUUCGGCAACCGGGAUGAGAGGAUGUUGGCCGAAAGACGGAUCCACCUGGAGAGGUACCUGAGGAACUUCUUCCGGGUCAUGCUGGCGACCGGCUCGGCCUCCCCGCUCCGGGCCGACGGCGACCCGGGCCUGCAGCUCUCCAAGCACGCCGUGUGCGACAUCUCGCCCUUCUUCAGGAAGGGCGUGUUCGAUUACAGCAGUCACGGGACCGGAUGAAGACGCGCCCCCACGUCCUCCGACUACUCCUCCGGGACCGCGAUCCAGCCGGGCACGACAAGGGCGGCGGCUGGGCCGCGACCUUCUGACCACCAGCCACGUCCCACUGCCCUCGGGACAGUCCGAGCUCGGCGGUUAAAGGUGCCGGACUGGUAAUCGGAAGGUUGUCACUUCAAGCCCCACUAGAUUGCCAAACAUCACAGACUCUUUUAACACUAUUUAACAGGUCAGGAGACGGGCAACGCCCAUAUUUUGACCGCGCCCAUAUAUCGUCGGGGGUCCCGCCAGCGUUUUUACGCUGGACGCCCUUCCUGACGCCGCCCUCCUAUUUCUAUCCGGUAGCUCAGUGGUUUAGGUACAGGACUAGAAAUCAGAAGGUUGCGUGUUCAAGCCUCACUACAGCCACUAUCGGGCCCCUGAGCAAGGCCCUAACUCUCAAUUCAUUCAUGCAGUUUAGUACAGGACUAGUAAUCAGAAGGUUGCCUGUUCAAGCCUCACUACAGCCACUAUCGGGCCCCUGAGCAAGGCCCUAACUCUCAAUUCAUUCAUGCAGUUCAGUACAGGACUAGUAAUCAGAAGGUUGCCUGUUCAAGCCUCACUACAGCCUCUGUCGGGCCCCUGAGCAAGGCCCUUAACUCUCAAUUCACUCAUGCAGUUCAGUACAGGACUAGUAAUCAGAAGGUUGCCUGUUCAAGCCUCACUACAGCCACUAUUGGGCCCCUGAGCAAGGCCCUAACUCUCAAUUCAUUCAUGCAGUUCAGUACAGGACUAGUAAUUAGAAGGUUGCCUGUUCAAGCCUCACUACAGCCACUAUUGGGCCCCUGAGCAAGGCCCUAACUCUCAAUUCAUUCAUGCAGUUCAGUACAGGACUAGUAAUCAGAAGGUUGCCUGUUCAAGCCUCACUACAGCCACUAUUGGGCCCCUGAGCAAGGCCCUAACUCUCAAUUCAUUCAUGCAGUUCAGUACAGGACUAGUAAUCAGAAGGUUGCCUGUUCAAGCCUCACUACAGCCACUAUUGGGCCCCUGAGCAAGGCCCUUAACUCUCAAUUCAUUCAUGCAGUUCAGUACAGGACUAGUAAUCAGAAGGUUGCCUGUUCAAGCCUCACUACAGCCUCUGUCGGGCCCCUGAGCAAGGCCCUUAACUCUCAAUUCACUCAUGCAGUUUAGUACAGGACUAGUAAUCAGAAGGUUGCCUGUUCAAGCCUCACUACAGCCUCUGUCGGGCCCCUGAGCAAGGCCCUUAACUCUCAAUUCAUUCAUGCAGUUCAGUACAGGACUAGUAAUCAGAAGGUUGCCUGUUCAAGCCUCACUACAGCCACUGUCGGGCCCCUGAGCAAGGCCCUAACUCUCAAUUCAUUCAUGCAGUUCAGUACAGGACUAGUAAUCAGAAGGUUGCCUGUUCAAGCCUCACUACAGCCACUGUCGGGCCCCUGAGCAAGGCCCUAACUCUCAAUUCACUCAUGCAGUUCUAGUGUAUAAAAGCGACAAGGUGCUUGGAUGGAGGGUUCGAAUCUCGGGUGCUGCCCAAGGAGUCAGGAAUGCCACUGAUGUAUCAGAAGGUCGCUGGUUCAAACCCCACCAUUACCAGGUUGCCACUGAUGGGCCCUUGAGCAAGGCCCUUAACCCCCAAUUGCUCAGACUGUCUGCUAAAUGCCGGAAAUGUAACAUAAUGAGUGCCGGUGCGCUCGCUCCCAGUGCAGGUCCCAAGCCCGGAUAGAAAUAGGGGUGUUGCGUCAGGAUUGAUUCUCUGAUGUUCUUAUUCUGUAUAAAUGGUUAAUUUAGGAUUUCUUAUGUAUGUGGGGUUUUGGACGUUUAUGUAUAUUUGAUACCGAGACGCCUCCCUUUGAUCAUCUCAUCCACUUUCAGAUUAAAUUCUGAAUCUA